UCUCUGACAGCAUCAGUGUGAUCACAGAAAGCAACACAGACCAACCUUGCAAAAUGAUGAAGCUGGUGGUGUUGUCUUGCGUGUUGGCGGCGGCCUCCGCUACAAACUUGUUGGCUGGCUACGUAGCGCCAUGGGCUUAUGCCACCCCCUUAAUCCAACCAUACAACUACCGGGGACCUUUGUCUCUCGCUCCAGGACAGCCCGCUAACAUCUUGGGCGCUGACGGACGGCCUUUGGAUACACUUGAUGUCAACUUGGAUCGGUCAGCUCAUCUUACUGCUAAAGCUCUUGAUAACGGCAUCCACCUUUUGAAGAAGCGUUCCGUUGUCGCCGCUCCCAUCGCCGCCGCCUAUGCUGCACCUUUCGCGUACGCUGCGCCUUUUGCCUACGCUGCGCCUCUCAUCCAGCCUUCCAACUACCGUGGACCUCUGUCGCUCGCUCCCGGCCAGCCCGCUAACAUCUUGGCCGCCGACGGCAGGCCUCUCGACACCUUGGAUGUGAACUUGGACCGCGCUGCCCACUACACUGCUAAGGCUUUUAAUGGUGCACAUAUCCUGAAGAAGCGGUCGGCUAUCCUCGCCCCUGUAGCUCCCGUCGUCAGCCCCGUCGCCGUCGCCCGGGCUCCACUGAUCGCCUCCACCUUCGGUUACACCGCACCAGUCGCCCCGAUCAGCCAGCUCACUUACGCAACGCAUUUUGCCUAUACACUAUAAAUACGACGACUCAAUCCGACUGACACUUGACGCACACAUGUAAAUACUGAAAAUACAUAAUUUAAAAAAAAUAUGUGAAUUCUUUCAUUAUGAUUGUAUGAAUCUUGUUACAAAUUGUUAUUGAGCAUUUAUACGAAAAUACUAAGCUGCAGUGUGUCUACCUAAAUAGUAAUUGUGAUUGAUCUAGUUACCUUAUAAUAAGAUGAUAAUAUAUAUCAAAUAAGUAGUUAAAUGAUCUGUAUGGCUACCUCCAUAGGGGUCAUUAUUAUCUAAGUAAUGAAUUCAUUUUAGAGUUUUUAUUUAAAGUAUUUAUUCGCUUACAUUUCAAUUAUACAUUAACUAUUUCAAAGAGAUCAAAUAAACAAGUGAAGCUAU